UACAGUGAGAAACAAAUGACAUCAAGUGAAAUCAAUACUAGUGUCUCUUUAAAAUGUGCCUCAUGUUUUUAACUGACUGGAAAUUGCUACACAACUACAGAACCAAACAACCAGGAAAAGACUGAAUGAGCUGCAGUCACACCCUCAUAUAUAGAAAGAGACAGACUGACUGUAAUAAGUCCUGCACUACACAGAUUGUUCACUAGAGGUCUCUUCUUCCUCAAAGUCAUCAUGAAGAAGGAAGUGAUAGUUGUGGUGUGAAGCUGCUUGUAGACACACUCACUCUAACCAAUAGUUCAUUCUGUCUUCAGUCUGUAAGAAGACUGCUGAUGAUUUUAACCUCCAUUCAUUCAUGUUUAGGACUUUUCAUAAAGUCUCACAGUAACAGUUGUAGCUUUAAUAAGUUCAUUAGAAGAAUCAACUUCCUGAUCAGACGCUGGAGUCGACAACAGUCAUGUUCUUAGUAGAAGCUGGAUGUUUGAUUAUGACUUUGAUUCUGAACAUCUCAGGAGUUCAGGGGAAACCAACCAGCAUCUGUGCCUUAAAGGGUUCAUCAGUGACUCUGUCCUGCUCAGGUCAACGUCACACUGCAAACAAGAGAUGGUACAUUGUCUACAUGAAUGGUUCAAUGUAUGUUCCUACUGAGAUCUCUACAGAUGGGAAUCAAGGAAAGUACAGCGUGUCAGAAGAGAGUAACUUCACUCUGACAAUCAAUGAUCUAAAAGAAAAUGAUACAAACUAUUACUGCUGCACAGAAACUAACAAACUAGACAACUGCAGCCAAAACAUAAUUCACCUCCAUGUUACAGACCUGCAGGUAAAGGUGAUUCCUGCCACAGAGGGACAGACAGUGACACUGAUGUGUAGCACCAGUUGUCCUCGGACUGAAAACCUUGCAGCCUACAUCUGGUACAAGAACAGAGAGUUUCUCUAUGAGGACUGGUCUCCCUGGUACCAAGAGCUGGUCAGCAGUGAGGAAGCAGUCACAUACUCCUGUGCUGUCAAAGGCUACGAGGAUCUCAGAGCCCCUGAAGUCUCAGUGGAUUCAGUCACUCCGACCUGCUUCAGUGUGACCUACGCUAAAGGGAGAAUGUGUUCUUAUCAGCAGACGUCAGUAGAUGAGUCCUGCUCCAUCACAUAUCCCAGAGAAAUCCACAUACAAAGGAUUCCUACAGACGUAGCAGGUUAUAUCAGACUGACCUGUAACACCAGCUGCCUUCAUACUGACACUCUGACUUCAUUUAUGUGGUUUAAGAACAGAAAAGUAGACAGAGACAAGGAGAAACAACAGAUUUCAGUUCUCAAAACUGCAACAGAAAGUUUGUCUUGUGCUGUAAAAGGUCUUGAGGAUCUGCGCUCUGCUGACGUCUGCGUAGAGGAGAAGAAAUGUUUGAGAGUGAAUUAUAUCAGCAGAAGUAUCUGUGCUCUGAAAGGAUCCUCUGUGAACAUUUCCAGUGAAUACUCUCAUCCUGACAACCAGCAGUCAGAGUCUAAACUUUGGUAUAAAGUAAAGAGAAAUACUGAAGAGGCAGAUCAACAGCUGACUGGAGAGACACGUGAUGUGAAGUUUCAUGACAACAUGAAGAACCAACACAUCCUCACAUUAAACAACCUGACGAAGAAGAAGGACUCAGCAGAAUACAUCUUCAAAAUCAGAACAAACUAUGAAGAAGUGUCUGGUUCUCCUGGAGUUUCUCUGGUUGUCACAGAUCUGAAAGUGAAGAUAAGUCCCUCUCCAGUGGUGACAGAGGGUCAGAGAGUCUCACUGACCUGCAGGACCAGCUGUCCUCUACCUGCUAACACAAACUACAUUUGGUACUUCAACAAUCGACCUCUGAACCUGAUACACGACCAAAGCAAACACCUGCUUCUAGACCCAGUCAGCAGUCAGGAUGCAGGAAACUACUCCUGUGCUGUCACAACCAACAGAGACAUCAACUCAGCUCUAAAGACUCUCACUGUCCAAACUAAACAAACAUCUAAGCUGAACCCAGCAGCAGCUGCAGGAGUUUCUGUAGCUCUCCUUGUUUUACUUCCUCUCACCGUCUUCUUGUGGAUUAGAAAAAAAAGAACUUCCAGUCGAUCUCCCGUGAAUGAAACCUUGGACAACUUGGAGCAGAUCAACUGUGGUGAUGACGACUCCUCAGCUCAACCAGCAGAGCAGGAACUUCUCUACAGCAGAAUCCACUUCUCAGAGGACAACACAGAUCCUAUCUACUCCCUCGCAAACCCACCUCAGUCCCAAGACCAAGAGAUGGUCCCCUACGCUGCUGUCAAAUUUAGGUCUAAUUCGACCUCUGAGCUCAAUGACCAAACAGAAGAUACCUAGAGACUGUACAAGACAGCAAAGGACAACGUAAAGAGCCAAAAUACAAUAACGAACGUGAAGAGAAAGACAGACAGACAGUCAGUCAGACAGAUAGAAUAAUUGUAAUUCCUGCAGUCCGAGCCUUGCUUUACGUACUUCAGUUCAGUUCAGAUGUCCACCACAUGUUUCAGGAAUUGAAACCAUGAACGUUUUUGCUCACGUGACUGUGUGUGACUCUCUCAGGCUUUUUAUUAUUCUCACAGUCAGAUGCUGAGCAACAAAUAUCUCACUGUGAGUAACAGAUACCACAA